AUGGGCUCAGUCGCAUCUCCCGUAAUCCCCAAGACCAUGAAGGCCGCUCAGUUUGACCCAAAACAACAAAAGAUCGUCGUCAACGAGAUCCCGGUACCAAAGCCGGGCAAAAAUGAGUUCCUCGUCAAGAUCCGCUCGGCAUCCCUCUGCCACAGCGACCUCAUGAACAUGGACCACCCGGCGCUCGACAUCCCCGUGACCCCGGGCCACGAGGGCGUCGGCUACAUCGUGCAGAUCGACCCCUCGACCGAGGGCAAGGGGUUCAAGGUCGGCGACCCCGUCGGCUUCCUCUACUUCCGGGACGUCUGCAUGGAGUGCGAAGGGUGCAAGAUCCACCAGCUGCACUGCACCAACGGCAAGAAGCUGCUCAACGGCUUCAACACGGACGGCUUCUUCCAGGAGUACGCCGUGGUGGACUACCGCAACGCGGCCUACCUCGACGAGAAGGUCUGGAACCUGCGGGUGGCGGCGCCCGUCUUCUGCGCCGGCAUCACGACCUUCCACUCGCUCGACAGCUGCGGCCUCGAGCCGGGCCAGUGGGUCGGCAUCAUCGGCUGCGGCGGCCUGGGCCAGAUGGCGACGCAGUACGCCAAGGCCAUGGGCCUCAAGGUCGUGGGCAUCGACGUCGCGGACAAGAACCUCGAGGAGACGCGGAAGCUCGGCGCCGACGCCGUCUUCAACUCGCGCACGACCGCCGACUACGACGCGCAGAUCAAGGCGCUGACGGGCGGCGGCGUGCACGCGGCCGUCGUCUACACCGACGUCGCGGCCGCCUUCAACAACGCGCCGCGCGUCAUCCGCCUGGGCGGCGCGCUCAUGGUCAUCGGCAUCCCCAAGGAGAACAUCCAGCUCAGCGCCAUGGAUCUCGUGCUCGGCCGCUACCGCGUGCUCGCCGACAGCACGAGCAUCGCCAGCCGCAUGCAAAAGGCCGUCGACUUCACGGGCAAGCACGGCAUCAUGCCCAACGUCGACAUCCGGCCGGGCCUCGAGUCGCUGCCGGCCAUGGUCGACGAGAUGCGGCGCGGCGUGGCCACCAAGCGGACUGCGGUUGUGUUUGACUAG